UCCCCUUUCCCUCCUCCCUCCGACCGGGACUCGCCCUGCACCGGGAGGGAGCCGAUCGCUGCCCGCUCCUCCUCCUGCAGCGGGGGCCGCAUCCUGCUGCCGGGGGGAGGGAGUUGAUGUGGAGACCCAGCGCAGCACCAUGCAGCCGCCGCCGAGGAAGGUGAAAGUUACACAGGAGCUAAAAAACAUUCAGGUUGAGCAGAUGACAAAACUUCAGGCCAAGCAUCAGGCAGAAUGUGAGCUACUUGAAGAUAUCAGAGCAUUCAGCCAGAAAAGAGCAGCAAUUGAGAAGGAAUAUGCACAGAGCAUUCAGAAGCUGGCCAGCCAAUACUUGAAGAAGGACUGGCUUGGAAUAAAAGCUGAUGAGAGAAGUGAUUAUAGGAGCAUGUACUCCGUAUGGAAGUCCCUUUUAGAAGGCACAAUGCAAGUGGCUCAAUCCCGCCUCAAUAUCUGCGAGAACUAUAAGAACCUGAUUGCAGAGCCAGCCCGGACCGUGCGGUGCUUUAAGGAGCAGCAGUUAAAGAAGUGUGUGGACCAGUUGACAAGGAUCCAGGCUGAGUUACAGGAGACAGUAAAAGAUUUAGCUAAAGGCAAGAAGAAAUACUUUGAGACGGAGCAGAUGGCUCAAGCGGUGCGGGAGAAAGCAGAUAUUGAGGCCAAGUCCAAACUUAGUCUUUUUCAGUCCAGAAUAAGCUUGCAGAAGGCCAGUGUAAAGUUAAAAGCACGGCGAUCCGAGUGUAAUUCCAAGGCAAUCCAUGCAAGGAAUGAUUAUCUUCUCACGUUAGCAGCUGCUAAUGCACACCAAGAUCGCUAUUAUCAAACAGACCUAGUAAACAUUAUGAAGGCUCUCGAUGGAAAUGUAUAUGAUCACCUUAAGGAUUACUUAAUGGCAUUCAGCAGGACUGAACUAGAGACAUGCCAAGCUGUACAAAACACAUUCCAAUUUUUACUGGAGACUUCCAGCAGGGUGGUGAGGGAUUACAAUCUCCAGCUGUUUCUACAGGAGAACUCAGUGUUUCACAAACCGCAGCCUUUCCAGUUCCAACCAAGCGACAGUGACACUAGUCGACAACUGGAAUCGGAAACUGGGACGACUGAAGAGCACAGCCUCAACAAGGAGGCUCGGAAAUGGGCAACCCGAGUGGCCCGGGAGCAUAAAAACAUCAUCCACAGUCAGCGGACACUUGAAGAGCUGGAAUGCCAUGGGCCUGUGAUGUCUGAGCAAACCCGAGCAGACCUGGAGCAGAAAAUAGAUGAAGCCAGAGAGAGUAUUCGCAAAGCUGAGAUAAUAAAGCUGAAGGCAGAGGCUCGUCUGGACCUGCUCAAGCAGAUCGGGGUGUCUGUGGAUACGUGGCUGAAGAGUGCCAUGAACCAGGUGAUGGAAGAGCUGGAAAACGAGCGCUGGGCCAGCCUGCCCUCGGUGACCAACAAUGGCUCUUCACAUCUGGUAAAUGCUGAUGCAGAGAAGGAGGAAGGUGAAGAGUUUGAAGACAGCAUGGAUGUGUUUGAUGACAGUAGCUCUAGUCCUUCUGGUACUCUAAGGAAUUAUCCUCUCACCUGCAAAGUUGUUUAUUCAUACAAGGCUUCCCAGCCAGAUGAAUUGACCAUAGAGGAACAUGAGGUGUUGGAGGUGAUAGAAGAUGGAGAUAUGGAAGACUGGGUAAAGGCACGGAAUAAAGCAGGUCAUGUGGGGUAUGUGCCAGAGAAGUACCUGCAGUUCCCAACGUCCAGCAGCCUGCUGAGCAUGCUGCAGUCCCUCGCCGCACUGGAUAACAGAUCACACACCUCAAAUAACUCCACGGAGGCUGACUUAGUCUCAGGCACCCUGAAUGGAGACUCCAGUGUGUGUUUUGUGAAAGCACUUUACGAUUACGAGGGCCAGACGGAUGAUGAGCUCUCCUUUCCGGAAGGAGCCAUCAUCCGCAUCUUGAACAAGGAAAACCAGGAUGAUGAUGGCUUUUGGGAAGGAGAAUUCAACGGCCGCGUUGGGGUCUUCCCAUCAGUGUUAGUUGAGGAGCUGACAGCCUCGGAAAAUGGGGAGACUCAGUGGAUUGGAGAUAUUCAGGUAUCCCCAACUCCAAAGCCUAACCAUGGCCUUCCACCUCUGCCCCUGUACGACCAGCCUCCCACUAGUCCCUACCACAGUCCAGAUAAACGAGGUUCUCAGUACUUCCCCAGAUCACCCUCAACUAAUGAAAACAGCUUCAGCUCAGAGUCCCCUGGAUUCUCACAGCCUCCACGAAUUCCUCCUGACAGUUCCUAUGGAAAACUGCGACCUGUACGAGCAGCUCCACCACCCCCAACACAGCAUCACCGCCGGACCACAGAGAAGAUAGAGGACGUGGAAAUCACUCUGGUGUAACGAUGGGACUAGUUAAGUAGUAGUGCUACAAUCAAGACCAAACGUGAUAUUUGGUCCAAUCUCAGUUUUUAGGCACCUUUGCAUGAUGAAGACUUUGACUAGAGCAAGAGAUAGGGAGGAUUUUAUGUGGCAGUGACCUGGUGGACUCCUUCCUGCAGUCAUGACUAUUUUGUGCCUUUUGAUUUUGUUGCUUUGAUUUAUAUACAUCAUUUUUCCUCUCUUAGCACAAAGCAAGACAGGCCAAACAGCGAGCAGAGGAUUGCCUUGGAGCAGGUUUCUCUCUUGGCUGAAGAUGGUCAGUUGUUAUAUGGAGGCUGAAGAGAAGAGCCUCCUUCAUGCAACUUAAGUCAUAACGUCCUUCGACCACGUGCAUUAGUACAGUAUAUUACUGUUGCCAUAGGAAUGUGUGAAAUGAUUGUCAAUUCCUCAAGUAGCAUUUACUUUGUCUGAUUAGGGAUUAAUCAGAUUUGCAGAAAGAAAGGGAACUGAAAUAGGUAUAAAUAGAGGCUGGCUCCUCUUCAAUCCCCUUGCAGAAAGGAAGAAACAGGCAAAGAAUCUUCUAGAUGAGGCAAACUGAUGCAGACCAUACAUUAAUGCACACCUCUCAAUGAUGAACAGUCCAACUGUAUGUCCUUUGUAUUCGUAUUUAUGCAGUACAUUUAGGAAUAGAGUAUCUAAUACAGAGGUGCUGAAUUAGUAGCAACAUCUUGUUCCAUAGCAUAAACCAACUGGUAGCAAAGUAAGUGAGAUUUUUUUUGUCUAGAUCUGGAAAUUGAGCUUCUUUUAUUCUAUUCUUAGCAGAUUUUGGGGGGUUUUGGUUUGGUUUCUGGUUGCCCAAGUAUUUGGGUCACUCUUCUCCCAGUUAUUGCCGUGUGCUUUAUUAUCCAUCCUUAGCAGUGUAUCUUUGGCAUCAGAACAUCUUAGGAGUUACAUUUAGAGUAUAUACAUGCAUUAGUUAGUUUUGGCAUUGGAUGGUCCUAUAGCAUAUUCCCACAUGGACAACCCAUUCAUUAGCCAAAGCCAGGGAGCCAGGAGAACCUCUGGCUCCUGUAAAGCCUUCAAGCCACCUUGGUGGCCGAGACCACAGUCUCCAAUUGCUCUUAUAGGCAAGAAACAGAGAGUAAAAGAACUUCCCAACUACUUCUCAAUUGAGAUCUCUGAUAAAGGAACCUUUUUGUUCUUGGAAUGGUCGGAGGAGAGGGGAAAGCUGGAGGAAAAGGGGGUUUCUUUAGGAACUCAAUGAUUUUCAGCCAUCUCCAUCAGAUCAAAGCUUCAGCUAAGAGGCAUCAUCACAAGGUUGGGGUUUUUCAGCUGUUGUAGGGGUUCUGUUGCUUUUGUGUCUUCGUUUUCUUUCCUAUGCCAGUACAUUCUCUACCUUUACUUCAUUAACAAGGGCUAUCUUUUGAGGCUGCAUUUACAGCAAACAGAGAAAACCCCAACCCAUCUAACCAGCUUUUACCAUACACCUCACACACACUUGUCAAUCCCAACCCAGGCUGUUUGCCAGUCUCCUUUCCCAAUGGGAUCUUGAACCUAGAGCGGAGCUGUUUGAAGAAACCCAUUCCUGGAUCAGUGCUGAAACCAGUGCCUGUCCUAUGAAGUCUUUCCCAUCCGCGUCGUUCUUUUGCACCUCUCGUCCUGUUGAUCUGUUUGAGGUCUUUUUAUGUGUUUUAUCAAACUUGUUCUUAAGUUUAACGAAGAAAAAGAAGUUUUUAAAGAGAAAAACUAAGGAUUUAAACUGUUUGCAAACCAUUUGGAAAGCUUCACCAUGCAGAAGAACAACUAUUGCCACCGUUAACGUUCACCUUUGCUUUCUUUGGCCAGUUUCUCUUGCGUCCUUCAUCCCUGGACUUUCAGAACAGCAGGAAACGUUAUUUAAAGUCUCUUUUCGUUGUAUUUUAAGAUAUUUUCUGUAAGAGCUGCUAAUUUUAUUUAAAAAAGAAAAACAGACAAAAAAAAGGAAGAGAAGUUGUACAAAGAAGCCUCCUUUUUAACUAUGAUUUCUUCAUACAGGGCAUGUAUCGGACGUCUCAUCGUGUCCAGCGUCAGUACACUGAAAGCAUAGGUGCAAGAUGCUUUCUUUCUAUGGGCUGUAAAAAGUUUGUAUUUAUUAUGUAUAAAAAGUUGAAUAAUAAA